AUGUUCUCCGGAUCCCUCUUCCCCCACUGGCGGCGCAAGGCCGCCGAGCGGUCCAGUAACAGCUCGUAUGAAGUCCCAUUCUACUUGAAUGCGGCGUACUAUCCGAAUUGGAGAAUCUACCGUCAACAAGCUCCAUCCUCGCUCAGACUGGGAUUCGUCUCGCAUGUCUUCUACGCGUUUGCUUGUGAUGAAUGGGCGGAUGUGCAGAUGCCGGUGGACGGCACGCAAGGCUGUAUCCGGGCGUUCACGCAGUUGAAAUCGCAGUACCCCAAGCUAAAGGUUGUCUUGUCCGUUGGGGGAGGGGGAAAAGGAAGCGAAAACUUCGCGGGCGUGGCCCGCAGCCAAGCCCGCGUGGAGACCUUCGCUCGGACGGCCAGGCAGCUGGUGGACCAGUUCGGUCUGGAUGGCAUCGAUGUUGAUUGGGAGCACCCAGCGGACCCUCAGCAGGGACUCGAUUAUGUGCGUCUUCUGGCGCGACUCAGGGAGGCGUUGCCUGCGCCGCGAUACGUAUUGGCGACUUGUCUCCCGGCGGGACAGUGGGCUCUCCGGAAUAUUGACCUGUCCAAAGCGCAGAUGUAUCUGGACCUUAUAAAUAUCAUGACCUAUGACUUUUCGGGGCCUUGGACGAAUGAGACAGGUCACCACGCGCAACUCUAUGGACGCUCUCCGGGAGCUGUCUCGUGUCAUUCCUCGGUGUCAUAUGUUCUAUCCCAGGGUGUCGAUCCGAAGAAGCUUCUACUAGGUAUUCCCGCCUAUGGUCGGUCUUUUCUCGACAGUAGCAAACCGGGACAGCGUUAUGCCGGCUGCGGCGGGGAGGAUGGGGUAUUCGACUACAACGCCCUGCCUCGGCCCGGGGCUAAAGAGCACCACGACGAUAAACUUGGGGCGGCAUAUUGCUCGGGAGGGGAUGGUGGUUUCGUGACUUACGACACUCCGCGAACGGUGCAGCAAAAGGCGAAAUUCGUCACCAGGUCCAAGCUUGGAGGGCUAUUUUAUUGGCAUAUCGGAGGAGAUGCCCAGGGCCCUCGGAGCCUGAUUGAAACUGGCUAUAACACGCUCCACGAAAUAUCCCAUUCCGGUCCUCUCCCCAUGUCUGUCGAAUGGAGCUCGGAUCCUCCCCCCGCGUAUGGGGAGUUGGACUCCUCCCGUCUGGCUCCCCCGGGUCAUGGCAUCGGUCAGAGCCGCUUCUUUCGUUCCACGGCCUCUCUAGCACUAGACCCCUCGGCAGGCGGCGACGAGAAGCGUCGAUUAUUGCUGAUCUACGUUCAUGGUUUCAUGGGCUCCGAGGAAAGUUUUCAAAACUUUCCGAAACACCUUCAUGAUCUACUCACCAUCUCACUGAGCGAAAGCCAUGUGGUCUACACCAAAGUUUAUCCGCGGUAUAAGACUCGCGGGCCGAUCCAUGUUGCGCGAGACCACUUUAGUCAAUGGUUGUCCCCACAUGAGGCACCUGACCUCGAUGUCAUCCUCCUCGGCCACAGUCUCGGUGGCAUCGUCUCCUCUGAGGUGGCAUUACUGUCACGGAAUCACCGCUUGAAACAUCGCAUCUUAGGCCUUGUGAAUUUCGACGUUCCAUUCCUAGGUCUUAAUCCUCGAGUGGUGGCUACCGGUAUUGGGAGCUUAUUCCAUCGCUCCUCAGACGAUGCUAGCGAUCCUGAGGCACCUUCUUCUCCCGGGGGAUUCAACUUUCCAGAUCAGAAUCAGACAUUCGACCCGACAUUCCCCAACGAUCUCCACCUGACAAAACGGAAGGGCUGGAGUGGAGCCCGUCAUUUUAUCUCCAAAUACUCAGAAAAUCUGUCGCGGUCCCUCGUGCGGUAUUUCUUUUCAUACUAUGACCAUGCGGGGUGCAUGAACAAUUAUCCUGAGUUGAUCAGACGGCAUCGGAAAUUAAUCGAACUAGAGGCCAUUGAUGACUGGAACACGCCUGCCGACUCGGGAGUCAACCGGAUCCGAUUUGUGAAUUACUUCACGACGAGUACCGGACCUGUGAAAAAGGCUAAGAAGGGCAGUGCUCAGGACGAGCGAUUACGAAGCGACUCAGAUGCUUCAUCCACGUCGCAACCUGACAUCAAAGCACAGGAAGAAACCCAGACACACACCACUGUUGAUGAGGAGCAUGGUGACGUUAUAGCCAAACAUACUCAAGAUCACGCAAAUGACCUCGACAGCGGUCAUGGCGAUGGCGACGAGGAAAACUCCCCUUCCAAAUCCCUCCGAAAAUUCUGCUACCUUCCCAAAGACUCCAUAAAAGGACGAGACGACCUCUGGGUUCCCGUACUCAUGGAAGGUGUGGACGAGGUGGUAGCCCACCAGUCCAUGUUUCUGCCGCGAAACAUCUACUACGACCGGUUGGUGGGCGACACGGCGUCGCGUAUCGAAUCCUGGAUCCAUGACGAUCUCACGAAACGGGCUGUUUUGGACGAAGGACUCGGCAAGUCUGCGUCUACUGGGGUGGGUGGAUGA